AUGGCCCUCUUAACCUUCUCGACUCUUCCCCCCCCCUCUCCUCCCCCCGUCUCCUCCCUCUCUCGCCACGUCCCUUCAGGAGCUGGUGGUCCAUCCGGACGAGGUCACGAGAGGCUCUGUGACCUACCGCGGGGAGGAUCGCUGGAUCGCCCGAGGAGAGGAGCCUCUCUGAUAGAGUGUGCCUCUCCUUGUCUGAACCCCCCUUUCUUCUCAACUCCCUCUUUUUUGCAGGUGCUGGUGGGCCAUCCGGAUUAUGAGAUCACGGGCAGGAGUGUGACCUACCGCGGGGAGGAUCUGUUGGAGCUGGAGCCCGAGGAGAGGAGCCACGCUGAUGGAGGUGUUCCUCUCCUUCCAGUCCUUCCACCCCACUCAUACACCCCUCAACCCACCCCUCGAAUACCCCACGCACCCCUCCUCAAUCGCAGGUGCUGGUGGGUCACCCAGGACUAUGAAAUCACGGGCGGCACAGUGCUGGUGGGUCACCCCGACUACGAGAUCACAGGCGGCUCUGUGACCUACCGCGGGGAGGAUCUGUUGAAGCUGGAGCCGGAAGAGAGGAGCCACGCUCUUACUAUUGGGCUGGAGCUAACUCUCGACUCGACCACACGCCCACCUUCCCUCCUAUUACCCCCUCCCCUUGUGCAGCUGGAGCCGGAGGAGCGGAGCCACGCGGGCGUGUUUCUGUCCUUCCAGUCGCCCGUGGAGCUGCCCGGAGUGAACAACGUCGACUUCCUGCGCCUCUCGUGCAACGCGCGCCGGGCAGCGAAAGGGCUGCCCGAAAUGGAGCCUCUCGAGUUUCUACGGCUUCCUGAGCCCAAGCUGGAAGAACUGAACAUGGAUCUCAAGGGUUCAGCGGCGGCGAGGAAGAAGCGCAACGAGAUCCUCCAGCUCGCUGUGCUGGACGCCGAGCUGGCCAUCCUGGAUGAGAUCGACUCGGGGCUGGACGUGGACGCGCUCAGAGAUGUGGCCACGGCCGUGAACUCACUCAAGAGGCCGGAAAAAGCCGAGCAGAGUAGGAGGGGGGACGGGCUGGCCAUUCUAGACGAGAUCCUCCAGCUGGCCGUGCUGGACGCUGAGCUGGCGAUCCUGGAUGAAAUCGACUCGGGGCUGGACUUGGACGCGCUCAGAAGACGUGGCCACUGCGGUGAAUUCCCUGAAGCGGCCGGAAAAGGCUGUGCUGAUGAUCACCCAUUACCAGCGCCUGCUGGACUACAUCAAGCCCGACUACAUCCACAUCAUGGUGAGUGCGCGUCUCCCUCUGGGUUGGGUAGGAGCGGUGCUGCGGUGGGCAUCCUCCAGCUCGCUGUGCUGAACGCCGAGCUGGCGAUCCUCGAUGAGAUCGACUCUGGACUGGACGUGGACGCGCUCAGAUCGCCACUGCGGUGA